AGAUGGUUCAAAAAUGGCCAGGAGAUAUAUCACGGCGAGAAAUACAACUUCUUGAACGAUGACCAAGGUGUCAUCAGGCUGAUAAUACAGAGAAUAUCAAAAGACGAUGAUGGUUAUUAUGUUUGUAUGUUUGCGAAUUUGUAUGUUUGCGAGUUUGUAUGUUUGCGAGUUUGUAUAAUUUCCCCGCAAAUAAACAUCGACCAACUGCCGAAAGUGAUUGAGGUGAGAUCGGGCAAGGGCAUUAGAUUGGACAUCCCCUACGUCGGCACCCCUCUACCCACGGCAAUAUGGCUGAAAAAUGGCAUUCCCCUAAUUAACGGGGGUCCAUUGAGGAUUCAACAAACGAAAGAAAGAUGUACCUUAUUAGUUGAUGAGUCGGUACGCGGAGAUUCGGGUACUUACGAGUUGAGGUUGACGAAUAAUAGUGGUGAGGUUUCUGCAGAAGUAUCGAUUAAAGUCAUUUGUAAGUUGAUUUUCUUUUUUUAA